AUGAUCAUCUCAUACAAAAAAAUGAAGCUCCAACUUCCCGUCCUCCUUGCCACUCUAGCAGCCCUGGCCCCAACCACCCUCGCAAACGACAAGCAACUGUGCUACAUCACAGACGACCUCGACCAGCGCGAAACCUGGUACACUGAAGCCGAACCCAGGUGCAGUGCAUACUGGCACCCCUCCCUCGGCCUCCCGUCCAAGAUUGUAGAAUGCCACAGCGGAAAGUGGCACACGCGCGAGGUGUGCGACAAGGAGCACUACUGUGAGUCUGAAGACCUGGCCUUCUCGUGGAGUGUAACGUACGUAGGCGUCCUCGAUGCCCAGGGUAGACCGAGCUGUGAGGGCGUACUCGCGGAGAAGUUUAAGAAUCACCAGUCGCUUGCGUCGUGGGCCAAGACGGCGACGGCGUUUCCUACUACCAAGCGUUUCCCGACUACCAUGGCAUGA